CGACUCUGACCAAGGGUCAGUGGCUAGGCAGCCACAGCAUUCAUCUCUAGCACACCUAUCAUCUACAUCCUGGAGAACAGAAGAGACUUUGCCUGCUUAGAACCAACUGCUGGGACUGACACCACCAGACUGACCCCAGAAGCCAUGCUGGGCCCCCGGCUACUCAUCAUCCUCUUGGUCACCUUGGCCACAGCCCAGGGAAGUCCUGUACCCAUUCAGGAUGACAUCCAAGUGCAGGAGAAUUUUAAUCUCUCUAGGAUAUUUGGGAAAUGGUAUGAUGUGGCCAUCGCUUCCAACUGUCGGUGGCUGAAACGGUUCCAGGGCCGAUUCUCUGUGGGUACUCUGGUCCUGGGCCAGGGGCAGACUGACCAGGAGAUCAGCACCAUCAGCACCAGAUUUAGGAAAGGUGUCUGUGAACGAGAUUCUGGGGUUUAUGAGAAAACGGACACUGAAGGGAAAUUCUCCUAUCACAACUCUAAGUGGAAUAAGACCAUAGUUAACUAUGUGGUCCACACGAACUAUGAUGAGUAUGCCAUAAUUCUGAUGCAGAAAUCCAGCCGCUUUGGACCCAGCACCACUGUGAAACUCUAUGGUCGGAGACCCCAACUUCGGGAAAGCCUCCUGGAAGAAUUCAGGGAAUUUGCCCUGGGUUUGGGCAUUCCUGAAAGUUCUAUCUUUUUCAAGUUAGACAAAGGUGAAUGUGUUCCUGGGGAGGUAGAACCUAUGAUUCCACCUGUACCCAAGCCUCAGAGAAACCGGCGGGCUGUAUUACCUCUGGAGGCUGAGGCGUCUGGAGCUGGUCCAUUGCCCACUGGGUUUGUCAAAAAAGAAGAUUUCUGCCACCUCAAGAAAGACGUGGGGCCCUGCCUAGGGAUGAACAAAAGAUACUUCUAUAAUGCCUCUUCCAUGGCCUGUGAGUUUUUCCACUACGGGGGCUGCUUAGGCAACGGCAACAACUUUUACUCUGAGAAGGAGUGUCUCCAGACCUGCAGGACAGAGGCUGCCUGCAGACUACCCAUUGUGACUGGCCCCUGUCGUGGGAAAUUCCAGCUUUGGGCUUUUGAUGCUACCCAAGGGAAGUGCAUUCUCUUUUUCUAUGGGGGUUGCCAAGGCAAUGGGAACAAAUUCUACACUGAGAAAGAGUGCAAGGAGUACUGUGGUGUGCCUGGUGACGAAGAGUUCCUGCGACUAUCCAACUGAACUCAGACCUCCCUCUGCAUGCGCCUGAGCAGAAGGCAGCCAGCCACGUGUCCCUGGGAAAGCUCAGGAUACAGAGGAAGCCAAGUGGAGGGUCUGUAGAGAGGGAGCCCCCAGAAGCUCAGCCCCAGUCACCCUGAAUCAAGAUAAGCCUCUAAAGACAAAUCCCAGUGUCCUGCAUUUGAAUCUCAUGUUACAUGUAAUCCACCUGUCUGUGCUUGUUCUGACUGUCAGACUUUUAAAGGUGACAACUCGGACAGCUCAGACUUGUCUUUCUGUAGGCACUAUGACUUGGCAUCUCUAACAGAUUUGUCUCCUGGCUCCUUCAAUGCAAUAAACUUUUAUUAAGCACUUUA